AGCUUGAUGCCCUGGAUUCCAAUGAUGAGUUGACACCUCUUGGAAGAAUCCUAGCCAAGCUUCCCAUUGAACCUCGUCUUGGCAAGAUGAUGAUAAUGGGCUGUAUUUUUUAUGUGGGAGAUGCUGUUUGUACCAUCUCUGCGGCCACCUGUUUCCCUGAACCUUUCAUCAGUGAAGGCAAACGCUUGGGUUACGUCCAUAGGAAUUUUGCUGGGAACAGGUUUUCAGAUCAUGUUGCUUUGCUCUCUGUCUUCCAAGCCUGGGAUGAUGCAAGAAUGGGUGGUGAAGAAGCAGAAAAAAGAUUUUGCGAACACAAAAGACUCAGCAUGCCUACUCUUAGAAUGACUUGGGAAGCAAAAGUCCAGCUGAAAGAGAUACUUCUCAGUUCUGGCUUCCCCGAAGAAUGUUUGAUGACUCAACCGUUUAACAACACUGGACCAGAUAAUAAUCUGGAUGUUGUAAUCUCCCUGCUUGCUUUUGGGGUCUACCCCAAUGUCUGCUACCACAAGGAGAAGAGGAAGAUUCUUACCACUGAGGGGCACAAUGCUCUCAUCCACAAGUCGUCUGUCAACUGCCCUUUCAGCAGCCAGGACAUCAAGUACCCAUCUCCGUUUUUUGUCUUUGGAGAAAAGAUCCGAACACGAGCCAUCUCUGCCAAAGCCAUGACGUUGGUGAGCCCGCUGCAGCUGCUUCUCUUUGCCUCCAAGAAAGCCCUGUCGGAUGGGGAGCUCAUUCUGGUAGAUGACUGGAUCAAGCUGAGGAUGCCCCACAACGCGGCUGCCUGCAUCACGGCUCUGCGUGCUGCGAUGGAGGCUCUUGUUGUGGAAGUGACUAAGGAUCCCGAGAUCAUUCGGCAGCUGGACCCGGCCAACGAGCGGAUGCUGAAUGUGAUCCGUCAGAUCUCCAGGCCGUCAGCCGCAGGCAUCGCUCUCAUGGCUGCCAACACAAGGUUCGGAGAUGGUCCUCGCCCCCCCAAAAUGGCUCGCUAUGACAAUGGAGGUGGCCUCAGAGGCUGGGGAGGCUACCCCUAUGGUUCCGGCUACAGAGGAAGAGGGUAUGGUGCCUACGGCUACUCGGGCAGGCGCUCGGGAGGCAGAGGCUAUCGAGGUGGCCUGGGGGGAGGCUAUCGCGGUGGGGGUGGCUACCGAGGGGGUGGCUAUUGCACAACUGUGCAGACAGACCUUGCUGCGCUGGUUUUCUGUCUGCGCCGGGCAGCGCUUGGUUCCAUCGCAGCCGGCUGCUCGCCUCUGCGGGCGGUGUUACGCUUCGUGGCACAGCAGCCGAGGAGCUCUUCUGCUGAUCCAGGUGAUGCGGGACCAUGGAAUACCUUCCUGGAGACCGAUGUGCUGCUGCUCGUCCCUGCAGAGCCCGAGGUGAUCUCGGAAGCAUGA